CGGAAGAGACGUGGCAGCGGAGGGAUAAUCGGGGCGGCCCGGGCCGAGGGGAGCGAGCGGUGGCUGGCUGCGCGCGUUGCGUGGCCUUCCGCGCCUGACGCAGCGCCGGGAGCCGUCGGGACUGGUGCCACGGCCGCUCAGUAACGGGAGAGGGGUCGGCCAUGGGGCUGUGCAAGUGUCCCAAGAGGAAGGUGACCAACCUGUUCUGCUUCGAACACCGGGUCAACGUCUGCGAGCACUGCCUGGUCGCCAAUCACGCCAAGUGCAUCGUCCAGUCGUACCUGCAGUGGCUCCAAGACAGCGACUACAACCCCAACUGCCGCCUGUGCAACACACCCUUGAGUGCUCGGGAGACCACCCGCCUCGUCUGCUAUGAUCUCUUCCACUGGGCCUGCCUCAAUGAGCGUGCCACCCAGCUGCCGGGAAACACGGCGCCCGCAGGCUACCAGUGCCCCAGCUGCAGCGGUCCUCUCUUCCCCCCAAGCAACCUGGCUGGCCCCGUGGCCACCGCUUUGAGAGAGAAGCUGACCACAGUCAACUGGGCCCGGGCAGGGCUGGGCCUGCCUCUGAUGGAUGAGGCGGCCAGCCCGGAGCCCGAGUCCCUCAACACGUCCGAGUUCUCUGACUGGUCCAGCUUCAGUGCUGGUGGCGUCCCUGAGCAGGAGGAGGUGGCCGCCAGCGCCGCUGCCGCCCCAGCCUUCUACGGCAGCCAAGCCCCCCGGUCCUCCGCGUCCCCCCAGCCGGAGCAGCACACCGUGAUUCACAUCAACAGUCCUGAGCCCCCGACUCACGCCUCAGCCCCCAGGAAAGUGUACGACACGCGGGACGGGGACCGGACCACGGGCCUCCUCGGCGACUGUGAUGACGACAAGUACCGGCGGCGGCCUGCCCUGGGCUGGCUGGCCCAGCUGCUCAGGAGCCGGGCCGGGUCUCGGAAGCGGCCGCUGACUCUGCUCCAGCGGGCGGGGCUGCUGCUGCUGCUGGGGCUGCUGGGCUUCCUGGCCCUGCUCGCCCUCAUGUCCCGCCUGGGCCGGGCUGCGGCCGACAGCGACCCCAACCUGGACCCCCUCAUGAACCCGCACAUCCGUGUGGGCCCCUCCUGAGCUCCUGCUUCAGGCCAGGCCGGCCUAGGACCUGGGGACCUGAGCUCGGGAGGCCUGGGGGACCUUUUUUUUUUUUUUUUCUGUUUUCUUUUUUUCCUGUGUUCCUCUUCCUCAAAGCUGAGACACUAAGAGCCCAGAGCCAAGCCUGCAGAGAGGCUGCUGACGGGGCCUGGGGUCCCUGCAGGGCCACUUUCCUCUUGGCCUGCUUCCCCUGGGGUGUCCGCCUGUGCCCACACACAGAGCUGACCGAUGGUGGAAAUAAACAAGAGACUUUA